UUUCACUUCUUCGCGCUUUGCAUGCCUUUUCAUUAUUCACAUUUGUUAAACGUUGUGUAAACGUUUAAAAUCUUAUUUUUCCGUUCCUCAGUGAAGCGAUUUUCGAAUUUAAUCGCUGAGAGGUUUUAAUUCUCUGAGACAUACAGCGAGUUUAUCGAGUAAAACAAAAAUGACUGAAGAAAUUAACCCGAAGGCGUACCCUUUGGCUGAUGCUACAUUGACGGCGAAGAUAUUAAAUUUGGUACAGCAGGCCAUGAAUUAUAAACAACUUCGUAAAGGAGCGAACGAAGCAACAAAAACAUUGAAUCGCGGACUUUCGGAAUUUAUUGUAAUGGCAGCUGAUGCGCAGCCUUUGGAAAUUUUAUUGCACUUACCACUUCUCUGUGAAGACAAGAACGUUCCUUACGUUUUCGUUCGUAGUAAACAAGCCCUUGGACGUGCCUGCGGAGUAUCCCGACCAGUUGUUGCUUGCUCCGUAACAGUGAACGAAGGUUCCCAGUUGAAGCCUCAAAUAACAGCGAUUCAACAAGAAAUUGAACGACUUCUAGUUUAAAUUUCUCUGUACCUGACAUACAAUUAACAUUUCAUCAAUAUAAGUUCUUUUUACAUUA